AUGUGCGCACUUAGGUGCAACUGCCCGAGAGGACCGCGAGGGCUACCAGGACUACCAGGACUUGAUGGAAUUCCCGGAUUGCCUGGAGAGAACGGAAGAAAUGGUGACGACGACAGCUCAUUGACAAGGCAUUACUCAGAUGCAUGCGCAGUUUGUCCAGCCGGACCACCUGGAGUUCAAGGACCACCGGGACCUGAAGGUGAACAGGGUUCUCGAGGUAUCCCCGGACGUCCAGGAGCCAGUGGCCGUGCUGGUGGUCCUGGACCCAAAGGCCCUGUUGGAGACCCUGGAGCACAAGGACCGCCUGGCCCACCUGGAACACCGGGAAUUCCUGGAGGACCAGGUGUACUGUACACACGAGUUCCUGGCCCACCUGGUCCACCAGGAAAAGAAGGAGUCAUGGGACCUCCUGGACCGCCAGGUUUUCCUGGCGAACCUGGUGAACCUGGAGAACCAGGACCACGUGGAGCCGCAGGAAGAGAUGGUAUUCCCGGACUACACGGCAUUCCAGGAAUUACUGGACCACCUGGCCCGCGUGGAGAGGACGGAGGUUAUUGUCCAUGCGCGACUAACAAGUAUCCGCAAAGUGGUGAUGGCAAAGUCAAACUCAUAGCACACUAUGAAAAAUGA